GAAAACUUUCUGCGUUUAACAAUGAACAAAGUCGCUGAGAUGAAGUCUGACGCUCUGCUUCAUUUGGAGGACAACAUGAGAGCAGAGGAGAGGAGCAGACUGAACUGUGUGGACUUACCUCAGAGCAGUUUAACAGACGAGCAGAACGCAGACCUGCUGCGAUGCCAGGACACCACUGACGACAGCUCUCCUAUCAAAUACAGAAGAUACGGGUCUCGUCUGGGUGGGGUCAAAGUUCGCCACAAGAGACAGGUGCUGCAGGACAUGGCUCGGCCGCUGAAACAUUGGCUGUACAAACACCGAGACAACCCCUACCCCACCAAGACGGAGAAGGUCCUGCUGGCUCUGGGCUCACACAUGACGCUAGUGCAGGUUUCGAACUGGUUUGCAAACGCCCGUCGGAGGCUGAAGAACACAGUGAGACAGCCCGACCUGAGCUGGGCCCUGAGGAUCAAACUGUACAAUAAAUACAUCCAGGGAAACGCUGAGAGGCUGAGCGUGUGCAGCGAUGACACCGACUCAGAUGAUGAAGAGUGUCCCUUACAAACUCCCAUCAGCCAAUCAGACUUCGUCAGAUCAUCUUCCCACAAGAACGUGCUUGAAAAGCAGGGCAGCGUCCUCGCCAUGGCAGACUCCGCCAACAGUGACGACAGCGCGUCACCCCCAUCCAAGUACAAGAGCAGUUUACUGAAUCGUUAUCUGAACGACACCCUGCGGCACAUGAUGGCGGCGAAGGCCGACAGCGUCACCACAGCUCGCAAGAGGAGGAGCCACUCCGAGUCAUUCAGCUCCAACGAGUGCGAUCGAGAUGUUGUCUCGCCGGCGUCGUCCUAUGAAACAGAGGCCAACUUUGUCUACCACAUGGACACAAUGGACUAUACUUCAACUAAAUGUGACAGGGAGCAGCAGCAGGGCCGAGGCCAGCAGAGACGAGGCGAUCAGGGCUGGAGAGAGAUCCACGCCGCCGUGGCUCUGACCAACUUGGCCCAGGGGCAGAGCUGCACGGCAGACCAGAGCAGCAUGACAGCGCCCAGAGCUGGCACAGGGCAGAGCUGCACCCGAGAGCCCUUCUCAGUUACGAGGACCGCUAUCAUAGACAGGAUGUGUGUCACAGGACCCACCGCCGCUCUGAGGCAGAGCUGCACCGCGGGGCCCACUCUCACCAGCCGCAUCAUCCAGAAGUCCUCUCAUAUCUCUGAGGUCCAGACUGUUAACGUGGCCCUGGCAAACAGUGUGUAGGCAUUUAAUUUGAGCAUCUGGUCUAUCGUUCCAUAUAGGAAUACCAGAUGCUUAAGUGCCUCGCAGUAUCUGUACAGCCUCUGUUAUUUUGUAAUGCUGAUAAACUUUGAUGUCUUCAAUCAUUUUUACAUUGUAAAAUGGAAAAACUAACCUAAUGCAGUUGAAUAUUUUCUACUGUUUUUGCCAUGUUUCUAAUGUCUUCCUAUUGCCGUCUGUUGCAGUAAGUUAUAUUAACUUCCAUGAGACCGGAUUAUCAUCCAGUGCUAAAGUCUGACAGCAGCUAUUUGAAUAAACCCAAUGUGAAAUCUUUUGACCAGUCGUUUGCUUUAAAUCAUUGCUUUGCAGUGGCUUGCGCUGCAUACUUAUGUUCUGCUGGACUGUAUUUAGUGGUAGUUUUCAUGUGUGCAAUUGUGGGCCUCGCAGUUUCAUUAUAUACUUUUAAAUUGCUUUUUAAAAGGUUGUGAUAUGGGCAGAAGGAUGCAGGCAUGGUAGACUGAGCACAGACAGUUCUUAACAGUGCUGUAGUUAAAGAUCUUCUCAUGAGCAUCAAGCCAACUAAAGAAGGAUUCACAGUCAGUACAUUUACAUGCAGCUUGAGAAAAUCGAAUUAUUGGCAUAGUCCGACUGAAACCGGACUUUUAAAUGCAUGUAAACAGCUUAGUCUGACUGAAACUGGACUAUCCAUAGCUCGACUAACACAUCUAGAUCAUUUGAUUGAAAAUCGAACUAUUGCUGUAUCCACUUAGUCCAACUCGAGUCGGACUCUGCGUUCCGCGCAUGCACCACUUUCAUUGAGGGCUUUCACCCGGAAGAAGGAGAUGACGUAGCAGCAGUUCAGUAUAUAGCGGCGCAGUAACUCCCGGAAAAACAAACAAACACCAAGGCGACCGAGAAGCAGAAGACGCACUUCUGGAUAGACAAGGAAUCUAUAUUCAUGCUCCGACAACUAAAGGAGCUAAACAUUUUGAAGUUUAUGGAUGGUAUAUCCACAUAUUUAUCUCCGCCAUCUUCGUUAUCUUCCUCUUCAGGUCAACCGGAACUAGUUCAAAAAGGACACAGUGUCGCCUAUCGAGGAGGAGUCGGACUUACUUGGUCAGAAAUUCGAUUUUCUCUUCUGCAUGUAUACUCAGAUAAGACGAAAAGUCCGACUUAACUGAUUAGCCAAGCUAUGAGCUUAGCUAGACUACUGUGUGCAUGUAAACAUACUGAGUGAUAGUUGGACAUAUUUGAUGUUUGUUCGAAACAUGUCAGUGAGCUUUUAAAGCCCACAUCUUUACUGUUUUGGUUCAAACUCAUGGCUCUCAACAUGCAGCGAACUGUUGCCAGAAAAAAAGCUCCAAAAUCAACUGUCUGACUAACAGCUAGUUAGCAACAUAGAGCAUUUAGAGGCUAAAGAAGCCAGCGUUAGCUUAGUAGAGACCAAAACAGAGCUAACAAGACAUUCGUCACCACAAGUAUCACUCCAAGUGAAUGCUGAUGUUACUCCUCUUCAGCUGUAAUUGUAAAUAGGCUAUUGUUAGCUAACAGCUUCUCAUACCAACUAGAAGACAUCGUAAAAUCGAUAAAGAUGUUUCCAUUUUUUAAAAUCACAUCUUCAAAGUCAACAUGACGUUGCAGAAUGGCUACCAUCUUUGUUUGGGGAAAAGGUCAUGCGAAUUCUGCAUCAAGUUUUAAUCCUUUCUGGUUAAUUUCACAACCUUGAGUUGCAUUUUGAUUAAAGAAUAUUGAGGUCAAAAAGGUGUUUGAUUAUUCUUAAGACUUGUCUUGUGAUGUCAGGCAAAACACGAGAAAACUAGCCCUGGUCGGCCAUCAUGCAUUAGGUUGUGUUAUGAAACCACUACCUUCGUGCUAGCUUAAAAAAAUGAUUGAAGUACGGGUAUGAGUGCAAGUUCUUUAAACUGGCCAAGCAUGGGCUUAUAAUGAGCUUGUCAGUUGUAUAGCCAGUCACCCGACUGCUCUUUGACAUGUUGGCGUAUUGAAGUCAUGAAGAAAACAAUCUUAAUUUGCCACUUUUCCGAACAGUUCUCUGCACUGCUACAAACGGUAAGGGAAGUGAUCUUUCCUCCAAAGCUUACUUCGAGAAAGGGCCAAUGUCUGGCCUAACAAUGACAAAGAAGUUAUUUUAUAGGUACUCUUAAUGGUAUUGAAGAGUUUGUCAUUUUUUUAAACAAAAAAAUAUUGAUGACUCCUCCUACAUUUGGGGUGUAUACUAAUUGUCCAUCCAAUUAAACACUUUCUUGAAGUGUUAGGUCCCUCCCACUUGACUAUUAAUUCUGCAAAUACCAACCAGAAUUAGUCAUUACUGUUUUUGGUUGUGCUACCUUCCAGAGAUUAACGCUGAUAACACCGUCCCCCCACGUUGGCGUUAAAGAAGCCUCCUUCCUUGUGGUUCGUGAAUUAGUGUUUCCUAAGAUAGUGCAAGAAUGAGCUGCCCUGCUCUCACUAUGAUUGACUUGUUGCCUUCCUUGGUUGAACUGGUUAGGUUUAGGCAAGUGGCAUGAGAUUGGUUAGGAUUAGGGUAAGAAUGUCAAGGUAAGCCAAUCAGAGGCAGGGUUAGACAGGACAUUCCUUCGCUAUUGCAGGAGUCGCAAUUUUACCUCCGGGUUCCUACUUCAGGUCCGCCCAGUGAAUGUAAGCUAACCUCCAUUAACAGUGUUAGCUCUAUCAGCACUUUUGCCAUGUUCGCACUGUAAGCGCCAGUAGCACUAGCCACCACCAUUUAGGUUUAGCCACCUCUGUUUGCAUAUAACGUCAGAUUGGCUACUACAUUUCUAUUGGCUAUCAGGACAAGUCCAUCCCUAGUUUCUUGUUUUAUGCAGAAACACGUAUGCAGAAUCACAAACAACUCUGCUCGCUGUUUCAUGUAAACUUUUUUUUAAAAAAAUGAUGUCAAUGUUGUGUUUACAGCUUGUUUCUGCUGCCCCCAUGUGGCCUAAAAGUAAGUUAAUGCAGGUUUAAGUAUUUGGAAGUGUUCUCGAUGAAACUGUGAAUAUACUGUACUGAAAUGAAAAAGAUAAGUUGCUCACAAGUACAACGGGACGUCUGUCUGGGGUAUGAAAUCGUCUGUAUCUUCUUGAACAGCAAACAUCAUUCUGAGAGGUAAGACACACAACUGUCAUCUGUUUUUGAUGUAAGAACACGACAUCAAAUGCCAAACGAGAUCUCAGGAAUUUCCUGACCUCAAUAUGGGGCCAAAAAACUUAUGUUAGUGGAAAUAUAGAGAACACGAUAAGCCUCGGGAGGACGUCUGAGAGAGAGACUUGUGGUGAGCGUCCUCCAUCUGGGGACAUCCUGACACCAAACAUAAGCUUGUAAUCACACUCAGUCCUCUGGGACUAUUUCACAAAACAUGAUUAACUGGAUUUUUCCACUCCCGGUUUUGGUCUGCUUUUUGACAUUUUGUGCAAAGAAUGUUUUCAGUCUUGCAUGUAUGACAGGCGAGUCAUCAACAAAGUAUUAUGGAAAGAGCACCUCACUCCUGUUUCCACUGUAAACCUGCUUUUGAUUAGGCAGGCUUCUGCACAACACGGAGACGUAAUGGCAGCUCUCAAAUAGCAAUUAAACAAUAAUUAGUCUGGAGUGACGACAUCUCGAGGUUGUCAUUUAUUUCCGUUUGAAACAAUACAAACGUUACUGGACCUUAAUUCCAUUCAAUGUUAAGGCAGAUAUCAAUUUAACAUAAUGCUGAGUAUGAUUCAAAGAGGCGCACACAGCAAACACAACAGGAAAAACGACAGGGAUAGAGGUCAACGUGAUUUUAAACAAGAAAAGGAAUUCAAACAAUACAUCAGAUCCAUACUGUACUGUAGACAGGGGGAAGAACAAAGCACUCAGGAAUGCUCUUAUACUAUAAUGUGUGAGAAAUGCCUUCAACAAGUCAGUGGGACGUUAUAUGAA